GGGCCACCCCUCGGGCGGCCAUCUUGGAAGCUGAGCGGCGGUAGCAGCGAAGACGCUGCGGCGGGUGCGGUGGGCUGAGUCCCAGCGCGGGUGCGGCUCACAGAACGGGCCCCACUCUUCCGCACCCUGCUCUGGCCUCGACCACGGCGAACCUGAACGCGGCGGCGGCCUCAGGGAGAGAUGAGCAAUAACAGCAAUAAGAGAGCUCCAACAACAGCAACACAGAGAUUGAAACAGGACUACCUUCGAAUUAAGAAAGAUCCGGUGCCUUACAUCUGUGCGGAGCCCCUCCCUUCAAAUAUUCUUGAAUGGCAUUAUGUUGUCCGAGGCCCUGAGAUGACUCCUUAUGAAGGUGGCUAUUAUCAUGGAAAACUAAUUUUUCCCAGAGAAUUUCCAUUUAAGCCUCCUAGUAUUUACAUGAUAACCCCCAAUGGGAGGUUUAAGUGCAACACAAGGCUGUGUCUCUCCAUCACAGAUUUCCACCCAGACACAUGGAAUCCAGCGUGGUCUGUCUCCACCAUUCUAACAGGACUUCUGAGCUUCAUGGUGGAGAAGGGCCCCACCCUGGGCAGCAUAGAGACAUCGGACUUCACGAAAAGACAGCUGGCAGCACAGAGUUUAGUGUUUAAUUUAAAAGAUAAAGUCUUUUGUGAAUUAUUUCCUGAAGUUGUGGAGGAAAUUAAACAGAAACAGAAAGCACAAGAUGAACUAAGUAGCAGGCCCCAGAACCUUCCCUUGCCAGACGUGGUUCCUGAUGGGGAGAUGCACCGUGGCCAGAAUGGGCUCCAGCUCCUCAAUGGGCAUGCCCCUGCUGCCGGCCCGAACCUCGCUGGGCUCCCACAGGCCAACAGGCAUCAUGGACUCCUGGGCGGCGCUUUGGCGAACUUGUUUGUUAUAGUUGGGUUUGCAGCCUUUGCCUACACUGUCAAGUAUGUGCUGAGAAGCAUAGCACAGGAGUGAGACUCAAGAGUCGCCGCAAUCCAUAGUUGCUGCUGAGGGACACGGGCCAGAGCGUCAUGCAGGCGGGAUGGACAUGCUGCUAAGCACAGGAAGGCCUGCUGGACUCCUGGGAUUUACUUUUUAAAAACCUUAAAAAGAAAGCAAAAACCAAAAUGUGUGAUUUGGAGGAGAUUGGAGAGUCUUAACUCCCUCUUGAGGCUGGUGUGGACAAGGGCCACUCACGCUUUGGUUUUAUUGCUUACUCCUGUGUUGUCUUUUGGACUGUUUAGUAAACCUGGUUUAUUUGUUUUUGUUUUUUUUCCAUUUUAUUAGAUUUGGUCACUUAAAAAUAUAAAACUUUAAUGCAUAUCAAA